AUGCUUUACAUUUACAAAUCUAACAAGGACACAACUUCCAAAAUCGUUUAUCUCGAAAAACAGUUGCGAAAAGAUGUUUUCCUCAUCAACGAAUUAAUUAAGAACAAUUUUAUAGUUCAAAAUGUUCUUGACACUUCAGUUACAUACAUAAUAUCGCCAUCGCAGUUAGAAAAUACAAAUGAAUUUAAAUUAAUCAAUGAAGAUUUACCAGAAUUUUCAAAACUACAUUUGAAUCAGACGUAUGCAUAUCUAAAAGGUCCAAAAUUAUAUAAAUGGUUUAUAGAUUUCAAAAUUAAAUUAUGGAUAAGAAAAUUUUGCUUCUUUUCAGUUAAUGCAUUUAUAAUUGUAGUUAUUUUAACAAGAUUAUACACAAAGCAAGCAAUUUGCAUUGACAGUUGCCAUAAAUUUACAAUCUGGUUCGUUAAUCAGUUUGGAAGAAACUUUACAACGCCAGGACGCAAAAUCUACUCAACCAAAUCGCAAAUUAAGUCACUUGUUGAUGCAGCCAAACUCAAAUCCAAGCUUAAAUCCGCUUAUGUCUAUCAAACUUACAGUAAUAAGCGAAUUUGCCUUAUUGAGUUGAUAAUUAUUCCAAUUUCAAAGCAUAUUUUCAUGGCAUUGGAGUGGUACGAGACAUUCGAAGAGGAAAGACCUCCACCAGAUCAAACAAUUUCGGGAGGAAUUUUAAGAUUUGAUGAUUACGAUGAUCCGAUCAAAGUUAAUGUUAACAUAAGGACAAACAAGGACCAACAAGUCUAUUUAGAAGUUCCUUUCAAUGCAGAUGAUGAAGAAUGCAGAUUAAUUUUGAAACAUAAUGGUUCUACUUUACCAUUUGGUCUAUAUGCUCUUCAAGAGACAUAUAUAAAUCUUCUCCAUGCAACUUUGUUCAGACAAGGCCUCAAUCUUCAGAUUUCCCAUAGUGCUUUCAUCGAAUACGUCAAAAAGAUCUUUUAUUCACUCAGUUAUGAGGUGUUAGUACUGUACAUGAUAAAUAAUGGCAAAUUGGAACCUAUUAUCUGUCUAAAAAGCGAAAAACAAGAUGAUUCCAUAAUUCAUAUCUCAAAUGAGUGGUCUCAGAAGAUGUAUCCAAAGUCAUUGAACAAUGAGUUCGUCAAAGAAAAUAUUGGCAACGUCAGAUUGUGCAUGACUUCACUUAAAGGAGAGCCAUAUUAUUAUGCAAUGACAAUGGGGUACAAUGCAGGCUCAGUUAUCAACCAUUCAGCUGAGACGAGGUUCCACUUCCUCAUAGGAAUGGUCACGGCCUUCAAUCAUUCCUUAUUACAGAAUAAAGACAAAGUUAUGGCCCUUCCUCGCAUUUACGAGCUCAUCGACCACACAAUUGAGCUAUCGUUGAUCUCUUGUAUCGGUAAACCUGACAAUAUAAAGUUUGUUCGAACAAAUUUGCUCGAAAAAGGCCGCCAUCCAUGGGCAAAGCAGAACAAACCGUUCAUUAUCCAUGAUAUAUCCGAAUUUGAUUGGGCUCAGAAGGUUAUCAAGGCUGUUACAACUCGAAAUAUUUAUGAUAAAGUAGAUAGUGGCGAAUUCAUGAAGAUGACACAAUUCGUUUGUAGCACACCUGCUAAUGAUUCGAUUGAUAUCUAUUCUAUUACUUCCUCGAUGUAUUUUGACGAUUCAAUUAAUGAAAAUGUUUAUCUCUACUUAAUUGAAGAUGUUUCGACUUUAGAAUCACCAAACUUCCUUAAAAAGACAAUUCCUGCUAUUUUAUUUGCUUCAAUGCUGAACUUGUACGCUAUUAAUAAGAAAGAUUUGUCAGUUUGCGAUCCAUAUAGACUUGCAACCAAAUUGGGCUACGACUACAAGAAAGUUGCAACUCUUUAUGAUGUUUGCAAUCACUCAGAACUGUCAACUCUUCCUCAAAACAAAGCAUUGAUAUUAACAAUGGCAAAUGGCCGUCCAAAACGAUUCUUUGCCAUCACACAUCCGAAAUAUGACCUGUUCUAUAUAUUCCCUGCCCCAGAUGUCUCUUCCAUGGUCUUGAGUGACAAUGAACAACUUGUUGAGUGGAAAGGACCGAACGAUUUGGCCAUUUUCAUAUACAACCAGGAGACACAAAAAAUUGUUGAUACAAAUAAUGUCUCUUCUUCGCUCGAAGACUUCGCGGAACAAAGAAUAUUUAAUGCCGACAGAAAAGCCUUCUUGGAGCACUUGAGGAACCCAGAAUCAUUAUCAGAUAAUACCCAGAAGACCAUUAGAGUGUUCACAGCUGAUGGUUGCGCUUGGAGAAUCUUGAAGAUAUCUCCACAUCCUUUAUUUAAGAAUAUCUACUUGAUAAGUUCAUGGGCUCUUCUUAACUUCUCUUUAAUCGAUGCUUUGACUUAUGAUUUCGCUGAUACAACGUCGACAACGUUUAAUUCCGCUAAAAUUCAUCAGUGGAUGUUUGAAAACGCUGUAGAACCAGUCAGAAUAUUCAGAUCAAUGCCUCGUGGUCAGAACAUGCCGAAAAGAAUAACAAGAGCUGACGAAAAUGACUUCCCUGACAUGUCUAAACUAACUAGCGCUAUUGCAAAGUCAAAGAAUGUACUAGAUGAAGAUGAAAAUGCUGCUGUUUCGAUUGCAGAACUUGAAUUAUAA